AUGGCAAAUCCUUUCAACCGCCCUUCAAUUCCGGACUACUUCAUCUCUUCUCCCCUGGUCGCACUCCUUUACCCCCUACACCAGGUUCUCCUGCGUCUCCGUGGACCACCUCGGCUACCACCCGCAGACGCACAUCCCAUACGCGUCGUCUGUAUCUCCGACACCCACGCCCUCGAAUGGCCGAACGUCCCAGAUGGAGACCUUUUGAUUCACGCCGGUGACCUCUGCAAUGAUGGAUCCGUUCGCGAGAUCCAAGCCGCCGUUGACUGGCUGCGCAGCCUUCCGCACCCGCAUAAGGUCGUGAUCGGCGGCAAUCAUGACAGCUACUUCGAUACGCGAUCGCGUCUCGAAGAGGAUCGCGAUGAUCAAACGUCAAACGGUUACGCCGCUGUUUCCGCGUCAACAGCCUCUAUUCGCUCGCUGGAUGAUAUUACCGCGCCUUCGCGUAUUGACUGGGGUGACAUCCACUACCUCCAGCACUCAGCCGUAACUCUCGAGUUCACACCUCCAUCGUCUUCGGAUACCGACUCCGUAUCUUCAUCUACAUCUGCGCUUACCAGUUCCCGACCGCGUAAUUUGACCAUUUAUGGCGCUCCUCAGAUCCCCGCCAUCGUCCCCAUGGGUCCGGAACACGCCUUCACAUACCCUCCUCAUCACGAUGCCUGGUCGCGCACCGUACCCCCAGACACCGAUAUCUUAAUUACCCAUACCCCGCCCCAAGCCCAUCUCGACAUGUCCCCUAUCUACUCAAUAGGCUGUCCCAAUCUCCUGGCUGAAAGUUGGCGCGUCCGCCCGUUGCUGCAUGUAUUUGGACACGUUCAUUACGCCGCGGGCAAGGAACCGAUUUUUUGGGAUGAGGCGCAACGAGCAUGGGAGCGGCUCUGUGCUUCGCGUCGUCCUCGUGCGAAGUAUAGUCGCAUCCUUGCGUUGUUGGGCUUCAUGCGUGAUCUAUUAGAUCCGGCAGGCUGGGUUGACGUGGCCAGGGUGGUCUUCUAUGGUGUGCUGGGCGUUGUCUGGGCACAGGUUUGGGGUGGGGAGAAUAAUGGAGGUGGUUGGUUUGUUAAUGCGGCGUGCAUGUAUCGGGAUUCCGGGCGGUUGAGGAAUCCGCCGCAGGUUAUUACCUUGUAAUUUACAUUUUGUAUUUGUUUUGGUUUUCCUUUCUGUGAGUGUGAUGAGCAU